AUGGCUCGAUUGACCUUGAUCUCUGCCUUGGUGGUGCUGCUGCGCGGCGUCUCUGCACAAUCGCAACCACCGGGCGUGACGGCUCCUCUGGCGAGGAUAUGUGGACCAAACACCGCAAAGGUGGUAUGCAUUGAUCGAUAUGCUUCGGUCAUGCCAUACCAUUUCUUCCGGACGCCUAGUGAGGGCUCGACAGACAUCAGCUUUGCACAAACAUCCGUGCCAAACGACACGUCCUUCGGCCUCGUCUCAACAGCAGAUUUCCUCGUUUUCGACCAGCGAGCCUACGAUGUGCUGGGAGCAAAUCCAACCUAUGAUCUGGUCUUCAACGUCAGCGAUGCGGUACAUGAGGCACCGGUAUACGUCCCAAGCCUGAACAAGCUCUUCGUCAGUCAACUGGCACCACCAACCGGAUACCUGCCACAACUGGUCAUUGACCUGAAUCAGGACCCUCCGACAUUGAGCGAGUUCAUCAGUGAUCCUCCUGUCUACGCACCCAAUGGUGGCACGUUUCACAAUGGACUCAUAUACUGGGGAGCCUCAGGUGGCAACAACAGUAUUGGUGGCACCGAACAGCGCUCUGGGAUUCGGACACUCGAUCCACAUACGAACAAGACUACCACUCUGCUUAAUAAUUACUUUGGCUUCUACUUCAACACAGUGGACGACCUAUUCGUGGAUGCUACUGGCGCUGUCUGGUUCACAGAUCCGCAGUACAGCUGGUUCAAUCGCUUGACAGACACGCCACCACAGCUCAAGUCUGCUUCUUAUCGCUUUGACCCAGCAACAGGCAGUGUCACGAUGAUCGACGAUACUCUCAUCCAACCAAAUGGCAUUGCCUUGUCGCCAGAUGGUAAUCACGUCUACAUUUCAGACACCGGAGCAGAAACGGGAUCGAUCAUUGCAGGUGGACCUCCUGGAUCACCUUUUAAUCAGACUGGUGUCCGCACUGUCUACAAGUACGAUCGUGUCGACAAUGGAACCCACAUCACUGGGAAGCGACCAAUAUGGUACGCUCAAGACUGGGUUCCAGAUGGUCUGAAGGUCGCCGCCAAUGGCUAUAUCGUCACCGGGACAGGACCAGGAGUCGAUGUGCUGGACCCGUUUGGAGUACUCAUCGUUCGCGUGCAGACCAACUUCAUCGUACAGAACAUUGCUUGGACCGGCGCAAACUUGACAGAUAUGUGGCUUGUUGGUCAAGGUGGUAUUGCACGUGUCCGUUGGUCUUUAGCAGGGCAAGAUCUGACGAAGCCGAGUAGUUGA